CAGAGAUCCUCGCCUCCUCCACCUCCACCUCCACCUCCGCGGAGGAGACUGGAUCCACGUUCCUCCGUCUCCGGCUGAGCCUGGAGCCCAGAGAGCCGGCUGGUCUGCGGCCAGCAGUGAGAGCUCCACCCCGGGGGACCCCGGACCUGCUGUGGGAGAAGUAAGGAGAAGUCAUCCUGAACCACGGAGCGGAGGAGCGAGCUCGGCCCAGAACAAGCUCCGGGCUGCGGGAACACACACACACACCGAGGCAGGAGGACCCGGCUCGGCUGCAGGAGGACGGAGCUGCGAGCGGAUGAAACCGAGAGAGACUCCGAGGCAGCCGCAGUCCCAGCCUACGUAGUGUGUCGCCGCUCCAGGACGGGCCAUGAAUAAACAAGCAAGCAAGGAGAGUCUGAAGGACAAGGUGAAGGGGAUCUUUGGUCUGGGGACCCCGCGCCCACCCAGCAAACAGAGUGAUAGCAAACCAUCGGAAUUCAUUAUUACCGAAGACAUCAUCAAGGAGCUCCAGCCCGACUGUGGCCUGAGCAAUCGCAUUCGCAUGAUGAACCAUGUCUGCGAACUGGCAAAAACUAAGAAAUUUGAGGAGAGUCAGCAUGCAGUGGAGGCACUCUGGAAAGCUGUGGAGGACAUGCUCACUCCAGAGCAGCCACCUGAGGCCAGACAUGCUGUCCUGCAGCUGCUGAGGGCCAUUAUACAGGGACAGGGCGAGCGACUUGGCCCUCUGAGAGCCUACUUUUUCAGGGUGAUCAGAGAUUACCAACCCUGCAACGAAGACCUCUCUGACAGGCUGGAAGUUUUCAAGGCCUUAACAGAAAAUGGAAAGGACAUCACAUACCUGGAGGAAGACAUAGCUCGGUUUGUCCUCCUGUGGAUGGACAUUGGCCUCACCUCAGACUUUCUGCACGUUCUUGUUAAUCUGGUGAAGUUCAACAGCUGCUACCUGGACCAAAAUGUCUCCACCAUGGUCCAGAAAAUCUGUCUCCAAUGCAACAGAACAACAUCGUCAACAGAUAUUGAGGUAGCUCUACAGGUCCUGGAUGCGGUGGUGUGUUACAAUUGCCUGCCUUCAGACUCUCUCACCGUUUUCAUCAUCACACUCUGUCGUACAGUCAAUGUCAAGGAGUUUUGUGAAUCCUGCUGGAAGCUGAUGAGGAAGGUGUUGGGUACUCACCUCGGCCAUAGCGCUAUUUACACCAUGUGCCGCAUCAUGGAGGAGAGGAUAUACAUGGAGGAUGCACCGCUGUUGAGAGGAGCUGUGUUUUUCGUUGGAAUGGCACUGUGGGGUGCACACAGACUGCCUGCUCUGAAAAACACACCCACAUUGGUUCUGCCAUCUUUCUACAAGGCCAUGUCGUGUGCCAAUGAGGUGGUGUCCUAUGAAAUCGUCCUGUCCAUCACCCGGCUGAUCAAAAAGUACGGCAAGGAUCUGCAGGUGGUCACCUGGGACAUCCUGCUGGGCGUCAUUGAGCGACUGCUGCAGCAGAUCCAGACAAUAGGCAGUGCAGAGUUGAAGUCCAUCGUCUAUGAGCUGUUGACGACAGUAGAGGAGCUGUACGAGCAGAACGGUUAUCAUGGCUCCACAGAGAAGUUCUUCAUUCUGGUGGAGAAAUGUGCUGACAAAAGACCUGAUGCAUCAGUGCUGACCCUUAUCUCGUACAGGGCCCAGUCUAUCCAGCCAGCCAAGGACGGCUGGAUUCAGAGCCUUCACCGCCUCAUGGAGAAAUUCUUCAGGAACGAGACUCGCAGUGUGAUAAGGAUCAAAGUGCUUCACAUCCUGUCCUUCGUUCUCAGCACCAACCGACAGCUGUACGAGGAUGAGCUGAUAGAAAUGGUGGUGAUCCCCCAGCUCAGUGGGAUAGCUGAAGACCGGGACCUGGCCGUCAGAAGGCAGGCCACCCAGCUGCUGGUGGACCUGGCUGAGGGCUGCAAUACGCACCACUUCACCAGUCUAUUGGACAUCAUUGAACGGGUUGCUAGUCGCUCACUGAUUUGUUCAGGGCCCCUGGAGGUUUCUGAGAGAGACCCCAUGGCAGAGUCUCCUAUGGAGGACAUCAGGACUGCUAUACUGGGCUUGCUGGAAAUCCUGCAGAGCAAGCUUUACAGUCUACCAGCCAGCCAUGCCAGUCGUGUUUAUGAGUUGCUUAUCAGCCACCUGCAGCUUCACUAUAAAAACAAAUACUGUUCAGCUAUUGCUUCCAGCAUUAGACUUCAGGUCUUUGACUUUUUCUUGAUGAUGCGAGCAGACUCUCUUCAUCGUCUCGGAGUCCCCAACAAAGACGGAGCCAUAAGGUUCAGCCCUUACUGCUACUGUGACACAGGGGAGCCAGAGAAGCGAGUCAGUGAAAAGAAGCCGACAGGUUCAACAUCUCCUCCUGCUGGUAGCCCAGCCCCCCCAGCCGCUCCUCCCCCUUCAACAGCCUCUAUACGCUCAGCCUACCUGCCCUACGCACCUGCCUUUAAUGUCCUCCUGCAGGGCCUCAAGAUGGAGACAGAUUGGAAGGUGCUGAAGCUUGUUCUGGACAAGCUGACUUGGAUGCUGCAGUACAAAGUGCUGCUGCUGACGUCACCGUGCAGCUUGGACCAGCUCUGUUCUACACUCUGCUGCAUGGUGACAGAUCGUCUGAUCUCAGAGCGCUUGAAGAAGACCCCGGAGGGGUUUUCCCGCACUGAUGUUCAGCUGGCGGUGGUUCCUGUCCUCACGGCGAUAACCUCCUAUCACAGCUACCUGGAGCAGUCCAGACAGAGAGAGCUGGUUCAGUGCCUCGAGACUGGCCUCAUUUACCGGUGUGCCAAGCAAUGUGUAGUGGCCCUUACGAUGUGCACGGUGGAGAUGCCUGACAUCAUGAUCAAGCUCCUUCCCGCUCUUAUUGUGAAGCUCACCCACAUCUCUGCCACUGUUGCCAUGGCGUCUCCUAUGCUUGAGUUCCUCUCCACUCUGGUGCGCCUGCCCCAUCUCUAUGCCAACUUUGUAGCUGAGCAGUAUGUCAGUGUGUUUGCAAUCUCUCUACCAUACACUAAUCCCUCCAAGUUCAACCAGUACAUUGUGUCACUGGCCCACCAUGUGAUUGCUAUGUGGUUCAUACGCUGCAGACUUCCCUUCCGCAAAGACUUUGUUCAGUACAUCACAAAGGGUUUGCGUUCCAACGCCCUGCUGCCAUUUGAUGACGGACACGAGCAGAGUCCCUUUCGUGCCCGAAGCACCAGCCUCAAUGAAAGACCCAAGAGUCUGCGGGCGGCAAAAGUGGCGAGGGCAGCAGCGGCGGUAGCCAAUAGCAGCAGCUCUCCUGUUAAAGAGCUGAGGGACCUGUCAGCCAUGGACGCGUUCCGCUCCCGCAGCAUCAGUGUCUCCGAACAUGCGGUCCGCAGGAUGCACACCUCGACCACCACGUGCAGCCUGGGCUCCGCUGAUGAAAAUGCGACGACUCAGGCAGACGAGGCGCUGAAGACCGUCCACCUGGAGCUCACGGAGACCUGCCUGGACAUGAUGGCACGAUAUGUGUUUUCCAACUUCUCCGCAUUGCCCAAGAGGUCACCCAUAGCAGAGUUCUUGUUGGCAGGGGGUCGCAGUAUGACCUGGCUUGUGGGCAACAAGCUGGUGACCAUAACAACCAGCGGAGGGGUCCGAACACAAGCCCUGCUAGGCCUGGACAUGGCUGAACGUCUGGGAGGAGGAGGGGAAAUGACCAGGUCAGAUCCAUCUCUACACACCCGAAUAACCAAAGAGGCUCCAGCCAAACUGGAGUCCCAGUCAAGCCAGCAGCACAGCAGAGCCACACGCAUUCGGGUUCGCUCCAUCUCAGGUGGCCACGCUCUACGCGCCGGUCCUGCUCAGAGCCUCAGUCCUCUCGUGUCCCCUUCAGAGGGCGAGUUAGCCGCUCCUUUCUCUCCCUCGACCGGUCCCACCCUUGAUGGCCUGGGUCCUCCCUCCUCCAGUUCUGUGGCCCCAUCGACCCCCCCGCCUCUCAAAGACAACCCCAGUCUGGCCGAUUUUGUCCCCAUACUCACACAGGGCUGGGCAGAGAUCUUCAUCCGGAGACCGUCAGGUAACACAAGCUGGCUCAUGUGUCUGGAGAACCCACCCAGCCCCUUCUCCUCUGAGCUCGGCAACAUGCCACUGCAGGAGCUCUCCACUGUCCUGAUGUCGAUGGAGGGAGUGAAGGAGCCUCCUGCCCAGACAACCAGCGCUCCCGCUAGCACCGCUGCCCCCCCGCCGGCGCCCGUCUCAGAGCCCCUCACCCAAACACACAGCGGCGUCGCAGGGAAGGCAAACCUGAUCCAGCGCUCCAACACUGAAUCUGUGGUGGUGCUGGAGGAGGGCUCAGGGAUCGCUGCAGCAAACAGCCCGUCUGAUUGGCCGGAGAGUGAAGAGUUUGAGCCAAUGACCUCUGAUCCCAUCUUCAUGUCUGCUGACAAGUUCACCAAGACCCCGCCCCCUGGAACACUCAGCAGGUCCUCCUCCACCUCCAGUCAAGACGACGAGAAGUCGACUCUGGAGGAAGUAAGUGAGGGAGCGAUUCCCAUCGAUCAGCCCACCAUGGGACCUUCCACACCAGGCAGCCAGGGGCCCGAGCUUCCCUUCCAGAGUCAGUCUCCGUCCCAGGGUCACGGACUUAACAAGUCCAGCUCCUCUCCGGAGCUCCAGACGUUACCUGAAGCCUUCGCCAAGGCUGCUCUGGAGUCCGAGGCGGUGCUGGCAGACACUUUGAGUCCCAGAGUGCCCUCGGAUGGCAAGCCUCAGCAGCAGCAACCUCACUUUGAGAAAGAUAAGGUGGAGGUAAGUGCGGGAGGGGACGUUAAUGGGCUGGGAGGCCAGAGCCAAGGCGCUGAAGGUCCUGCUGUAGCAUCAUCUCAGAGUGGAGGGGCAAGGAUGAGGCUGGAGUUUCCAGCGGCGGUGCCACAGCCUGGACCCAUCUCCCCCGGCGGAGGCCACCGGCCCCGGGGUCACACCAUCUCUGUCUCGGCCCCCUCCUCCAGAAGAGAGAGGAGGACGGACAGAGACUUGUACCACAGUCGGCCAGGACCCAGCACCACUGAGAAGAUUUCUGGACUGAGUCCCAGCUUUGUCUUCCUCCAGCUGUACCACUCUCCUUUCUUUGGGAAUGAGGCCAACAAGCCGCUGCUGCUGCCUAAAACUCAGGUGAUCGACCGAGCUGUGAAGGUUCUGGACCAGAUGCCUCCUUACGACACCCAUAAGAUCGGAGUGGUGUUUGUAGGAGCUGGUCAGGUUAACAAUGAAGUCUCCAUCCUAUCAAACGAGUACGGCUCGAACCGCUACGCUGCCUUCCUGACAGGCCUGGGCAAACUAAUCCACCUGAAGGACUGUGACCCGGACCAGAUCUUCCUCGGAGGCCUCGACCAGUACGGAGACGACGGAGAGUUCACCUACUGCUGGCAUGACGACAUCAUGCAGGCGAUCUUCCACAUCGCCACACUGAUGCCAAACAGGGAGAGCGACAAGGGCUGCUGCAACAAAAAGCGUCACAUUGGCAACGAUUUUGUCAUGGUUGUGUACAAUGACUCUGCAGAGGAAUACAAUCUCGGCACAAUUAAGGGCCAGUUUAACUUUGUAGAAGUCAUUAUCAAACCACUGGAUUUCGAAUGUAACCUGGUCACCCUCCAGUGCCGCAAAGACCUCGAGGGCUUAGUCGACACAACAGUGGCAAAAAUCGUUUCAGACCGCAACCUUCCACUCUUAGUCAGACAGAUGGCUCUGCAUGCGAAUAUGGCCUCUUUGGUGCACCAGUACAGAGCAAACCCUUCAGAUGCUUAUGCCUCCAAGUGGCUGGCGAGAUUACGACACAUAAAGAGGAUCAGGACCAGGGCACAAGAAGACAUUCAGUCUCGCUCGACUCCCGGCAUCUCGCUGACCCAAGGACACACUCAGCAGAACAAGUCGUUUCAGCAGAGCAAUCAGGCCCCAAACCCUGAAACCUCGGGGCAGAGAAAGAGACUUGUAUCAACAGUGGACGAUUUCACAGAUUUUGUUUAAUUACAUUUCUUACCCCGGCAGACGCAAACACACAAACGCCUGCGCACACACACAUGCGAGCAUCCACUCAUGACCAUAGACAGGGUGUGUUUGUGUGUUAACGUGUGGAAUAAAAAGUGACCAUGGACAAAA